AUGGAAGAGAAACAGGUAUUGUUUAUGGUAGUGCUGGGUAUUGUCGCCUUGUAUCUAGGUAACCGUAUCCUAGCCGGAACUGGUCACUCAUAUAGAGAGCGGAUUCUCGCACUGGCCGAACCUGACCGUGAUUUGAUCGCUCAUACCAAGGAGUUCGGUGAACCGGAAGUGAUAAAGGUCACCGAAGAUGUGUAUGUUGCCAUUGGUUAUGCAUUAGCCAAUUCCAUUCUGCUGGAGGGUCCAAAUGGCUUAGUCGUUGUGGAUGUCACUGAAAGUACCCAGUCAGGGGCCAAGAUUAUGGCAGCCUUUCGGAACAUCUCGGACAAACCAAUUAAAGCCAUAGUAUAUACACAUAGCCACGCAGAUCACACCAUUGGAGCAUCGUCAUUUAUUGAGGAUGUGAACAAUCCUCCAGAUAUCUGGGCCCACAAGAAGGUUAUACCCCAGAUGAAGAGGGCCUUUUCGACUGUGAAUGCCGCCACUUAUACCAGAUCCAUGAGGCAAUUCGGAGCUUUACUUCCGGAAUCUGUGAAUGCCGGGAUUGGGUUGAAACUUAAGUAUGAUACCAACAGUUUUGGACUUGUCUAUCCAAACAAAUUUGUCUCCAAAGCUGUCACGGACGUCACAAUGGCAGGUAUCCCAGUACAGAUCAUCCAUAUCCCCGGAGAGACAGAUGAUCAAAUCGGAGUCUGGAUCGCUGACAGGAAAAUCUUUUUAUGUGCCGACGAUGUGUACCGAGCAUUUCCGAACUUAUACGCCAUUCGGGGAACCAUGUCCCGUGAUCUCAUGCAAUGGGUGAACUCCUUGGAUAUUAUGAUAGAGUUAGGUCCGGAGUACUUGAUUCCGAGCCACACUCGACCCCUCCAGGGCAAGCGCUACAUCCGGGAGACACUAAUCGCUUAUCGGGACGCAAUUCAGUAUGUGCAUGACCAGACUGUGCGCUACAUUAAUCAGGGAUUCACAAAAGAGGAAAUUGUGGAACUUGUCAAAUUGCCCCCGCGGCUGGCCGCUCAUCCUUUCCUUCAGGAGUUCUACGGCACCGUAGCCUGGUCGGUAAAGGGUGUGUUCACAUCGUACAUCGGCUGGUUUAGUGGGGAUGCAGUUGACCUUACACCAUUCACACGAAAAACCAAAGCCGAGAAAAUGGUUCGUUUAGUGGGCGCAAACAAAUUAUUGGACUCUGCAAAAGCCGCAUAUAAGGAAAAAGACUACCAGUGGGCGCUUGAAUUAUCUUCGCACGUGCUUCAUGUAAAUAAAGACAAUACAGAAGCACGCGACAUAAAAAUAGAUUCUCUGUCGUCACUUGGUGCGCAACAGACGAGUGCAAAUGGUAGAAAUUAUUAUCUGACAUCUGCGUUUGAGGAAGCGUCAGAAAUUGAUUUAAAAAAACAGAGAGAUAUUCUCAGAGUAAACGCCAUGAAAACUUUUCCAGUUACUCAAAUGUUAAAUGCACUUCCUGUCCGAUUCAAACCGGAAGAGUGUUCUUCCAUGUCUGAAAAGCUAUAUUUUGAAUUCACAGACACGAAACAACAUGUUCUAGUUACCAUACGUAAUUCAAUUGCCAUAAUUACCAAUAGUCCUUCUAGCAUUUAUGACGUCAAAGUGUCAUUGACAGAGGCUGUGUUCAAAGAAAUCGUAUCUAGUCGAGCUAGGGCUUUAACGGCCUAUAGUGUUGGAGAACUUGUCGUUGAAGGCGGGCUCAUGAAAUUCAGGAAUAUUAUGGGAUGUUUUGAAAGAGACUGAUGCAAAAUCCAGAACAAACACAUACUCAGCUGCAUGAAAUGUAUCCUAUAAUGUUAAUCUUUGCUUAACGCUAUCUGUGAAAUUUAUUUCCUAAACUAUUCUAACGUUCAUUAUAAAAUUAAUUUUCGCGACACUGUAAUUAGAGAAUUUCAAAUAUGUGACGAAAAUGCUACUGCUUGUAAUUCAUGGUCUAUGUUUGGAGUUUAAACCUCAGGAUCGGACAAAAGGAACUUUAUUGCCAAAACCACUGACGAUGAAACGAACGAGAAAUAAUUUUAUUAAUUGGUUUCGGUACUUCACGUUUCGCGGGAUAUCCACAAGUUUGAAGUAAAAGAAGGAUAUAAUUUCCAACAGAGUUAUCGAACGAACAACAAUCUAUUUUUAGGAAUAUUUCAUUCUAUAGGGAGUGGGUGCUGACCUCGAAAAUGGUGAAAAAUAGAAACCAUGGAAAAUAGUUUUACUUAUCAUUGUAUGAAUGUAUGCGAGUAUAAUUUAUU